AUGAGAAGUAGAGGCAGAGUGCUUCUUAGCCUCUCUUUUUCUCUGCUCUCACCUGUAAAGCACAACCCUUUAGCAAAAUCAGCACCACCCACGUCUUUAUUUCGAAGUGACAUCAAAUUCUCAACCUCUUCCUCAUCGAUAACCCCUCCUAUUGAAGAACCAAAGACUUCAUCGUCCAAGUCCCAAAGGGAUUCACUGAUUUUGGAACAGUUCAAGCAAAGAAAACUCAAAGGGUCCCCACAAGACUCAAAGGGUGCCCCUCAAGUGGAUUCAACUUCAUUGCCAUUAAGUUCGGAUGCUAAUACUGAGAAGGUGGUCGAAAAGGGUGUGCAGAAUGAGAAUGAACCCACCAUGGUGGUUAGAAGUUUCAAGGAGUUGGGUGUGAGUGAGGACCUUGUUGAGGUCAUGGAGGAGAUUGGGGAGUUUGUUCCUAGUGAGAUACAGUGUGUGGUUAUUCCUGCCAUCUUGGAGGGGAAGAGUGUGUUAUUGAGUUCACCAUCUGAACCUGACAGAACUUUGGCAUUCUUGUUGCCCCUUAUUCAGGUGAGUUUAAUUCUAUUCAUUUUCCUUCCAAGGAAUUGA